AUGGAGAACAGCACAGAGGUGGCUGAGUUCAUUCUGGUGGGCUUAGCCAGGGACCUAGAACUGCAGAUUCCACUCUUCAUCACCUUUUUCCUCAUCUACCUCAUCACUCUGGUCGGAAACCUGGGGAUGCUGCUGCUGAUCCUGCUGGACUCUCGUCUCCACACCCCCAUGUACUUUUUCCUCAGUAACCUCUCUCUGGCAGACUUUGGUUACUCCUCAGCAGUCACUCCCAAGGUCAUGGCCGCGUUUCUCACAGGAGACAAAAUGAUCUCCUACAAAGCUUGUGCCACGCAGUUCUUCUUUUUUGUAGCGUUCAUCACUGUGGAAAAUUUUCUCUUGGCUGCGAUGGCUUACGACCGCUGUGUGGCAGUGUGCAAACCUCUCCAUUAUACAACCACAGUGACCACUAAGGUGUGCGCUUGUCUGGCCCUGGGCUCCUACGUCUGUGGUUUCCUAAACGCUUCCAUCCACACUGGGAACAUUUUCAGGCUCUCCUUCUGCAGGUCCAAUGUCAUCAAUCACUUCUUCUGUGACGCUCCUCCUCUUCUGGCUCUCUCAUGUUCCGACAGAUACAUCACAGAGAUGGUCAUUUUCUUGGUGGUGGGUUUCAAUGACCUCUUUGCUAUCCUUGUAAUCUUUAUUUCCUAUUUGUUUAUAUUUACCACUGUCCUGAGGAUGCGUUCCUCUGACGGACGCCAGAAGGCCUUUUCUACUUGUGCUUCCCACCUCACUGCUGUCUCUAUCUUCUACGGGACAGGUAUCUUCAUGUACCUGCAGCCCAGCUCCAGUCACUCAAUGGGCACAGACAAACUGGCAUCAGUGUUCUAUGCCAUAGUCAUCCCGAUGCUGAACCCUCUGGUCUACAGUCUUAGAAACAAAGAGGUCAAAAAUGCCUUCCAGAAGGCUGUUGGCAAAGCAAAGUCUUCUAUAGGAUUCAUGUUUUAA